UCCAUUCUCCAAGGUAAAUUCAGAUCGUCGAGUAUAACGAACGAUAUGUCCCUCCCUCCGUCUCUCCAUUUUCCUAUUCCUAGUUUCUCUCCUUUUCUCUAAAAAUCUGCCCAUCCCUAACUAAUCUGCGCACACCUCUGCUUAAGCUGCAUUCCGGGUGUCAGUUUUAAUGGCGGCAACUACAAAGAAGAAACGGAAGAGAGAACAGAUUAAAAACGAAGAUGUUCCAUAUCGAAGUAAUAAAAAGCUUAUAGCCGGAUCUAGAGUUGAGGUUAGAAGUGUUGAAGAAGGGUUUGCUGGUUCAUGGCAUUGUGGAACAGUUGUUGCAUGUUGGCAUCUCUGCCGUGUUGUCGAGUAUGAUCAUUACUUAGAUGAUAAGGGCUUAGAAAAUCUCAAGGAAACGGUUCAGGUUUCUCCAUUAUUCGAAGGAAUCUUAUUACGGAGAAGUCUUAGUUAUCGUGGUAUUAUUAGACCAAUUCCUCCUCCUUGUAAAAUCAAAGCUAGUAGACUAAAUUACGGACUUUGUGUUGAUGCUUUCAUGGAGGAUGCAUGGUGGGAAGGUGUAAUAUUUGAUGACAAACAUAUGUUCUUGGACCAAUUAGUAUUCUUUCCUGAUUUUGGUGGUCAACAAAUGAUGAAAACUGAUGAGUUAAGAUUAACUCAGGAUUGGGACGAAGUUGAGGAAUGUUGGACUGUUAGAGGGAAUUGGAAGUUCCUUGAAUUGAUUGAGGAAUUUCCAACUAUUGUCCAUUCAGCUAAGCAGAUCUGGCACUGUCUAAGUCAAAAAGAAGAGUUCAUGAAUAGUAUCAAGGAGUGGACUUGUAAUGACAAGUCAAUGUGGGUUGAUUUGGUUGUUGAGACUGUUUCUCAGUAUUUGGAUAUAUCUGCUGAGAUUGUGUAUAGACUUAUCUCUGAGAAAGUUGGUAAUCAUUCAGUUAAUGAUGAGCCAAAGAAAUCGAUGAGGAGUAGGAAAAGGAACCCUAUUAUGUCUAAAUUCUUAAAAAGCAGUGAGGAGGAGGGUGUUUCAAAAGACGACCGUGAAGAAGGGACUCAGUUUGCAUUACCGUCUAUAUUUGUUGAGAAAUUGAGUGAGGAAGAUGAAGAUGGUCCAAUUUCGUACAAGAGGAACAAAGUAAAAAGCAGUGACUCGAUUCGUAUUCUUUCAAGUGAUCUAGUAGAGGAGUCCAUAACGAAUCGUUGGUCUUCUUGUGAUGAUGAAAUGGAUGUUGAUGAUGCUCAGAAAGCAAGAGGUAUUGCUGUGGAUUCUGACGAGGUUGUUGUUCGCACUCGCUAUACUGCCUAUGGAGAAGAUAACGUUCGAGGUGUUGGAACUGCUCCUGAAGAUACUUUAUAUGGUUCUUUGAGUGAUGGCGACGGUGAUGAUGACCUUAUUUAUAAAGAGCCGAGCAGUAAGGCUAGAGGUAUGGGGUUGAGAAAGAAAAGAAUACAGGCCCCUACAGGUUCAGAUUCAAAAGGGCCCAGAUGGUUACCACUGGGCCCAGAUUUACUUCCUGGAGCGAAAUGUUUCCCUGAAGCAUUAGUGCAAUAUUUAAAGGCACGUGGAGGAUCAAAUAAAGAGAGCGGCGACUUACGGUUAAAAUGUAGGAUGCAUCUUUCUUAUUUGGGUUGGAGGAUUGAAUAUAGGAAAACCGGUGAGAAAGGGGUUAUAUUUUGUUAUACACCACCUAAGGGUGGGGAGCCCUUGUUUUCUUUCCGUCGUGCAUGCCAGGAAGCCAUGAGUGCCGGUCUUCGUCGGCAGGUCCCUUCAACGAGUAUCUGUAUAAAAGGUGAAGACUGCCCUCCUCCACCGCCUUAUCUGGAACCAGAAUCACUUUAUACAGCACCUAAGGAUGGGACACCCUUGUAUUCCAUACAUCGUAAGUGCGAAAAGGCCACGAGUUCCUGUCUUCGUCAGCAGGUUCCUUUGUCGAGGAUCCAUGGAAAAGAUCAAGACUCAGUUUCUCCUCCACUUUGUCUGGAACACGAAUUACUUUUUUCAAAUACACCUGAAAGUCGUCGAACACCUAUUAUUCGGGACAAAUCAAAUGUUCAACCAAAUAGUGAGCUUAAAACCCUCGUCCCACGUUCAAGCAAAAAGGCACGACAUGUUGUCGUAUCGAGUUCUGCACAUCACAGCCCUCGAACUAUUCUCUCUUGGUUGAUAGAAAAUAAUGUGGUUCUGCCAAGGGCAAAAGUACGUUACUUGAGUGCAAAAGAUGAUUCUAUAAUUGGACAAGGGAAGAUAAACCAGAAUGAAAUUAAGUGCAAUUGUUGCCAAGAGGUUUUUAGUCUGUAUAAGUUUGGACUCCAUGUUGGUAGCUGUUAUUUCCCGCCAUCUGCCAAGAUAUACUUGCAAGAUGGAAGAUCUCUGUUAGACUGCCAGAAACAGCUGCAGGAGAAGAGCCCAAUGAUAUUUGCUCAAAAAAGAGAUCUGGUGUACAAAAGGAAUGAUUAUAUAUGCACAGUUUGUCACCACGGAGGUCCGUUGUUGCUAUGUGAUCAAUGCCCAGCCUCAUUUCACUUAAACUGCCUUGGAUUGGAGGAUUUCCCUGAUGGAAAAUGGUUUUGCCCAUCUUGUGGAUGUGGAAUAUGUGGCCGGCAGAGUGAGCUUGACAGUGACUCUGGAGAACACCCUGCUGAAAAGAAAAUUCUACGCUGUGAUCAAUGCAAUCAUGAAUAUCAUGAAGAGUGCAUUAGAAAAAGAAGAUCAAGUAUGCUGGACCAUAACAACUCAAACAGUAAAUGGUUUUGCAGUAUUAGAUGUGAAAAGACAUUUACAAGUCUCCACAAAAUUUUGAGAAAAUCUAUUCCAAUUGAAAAGGAAGAUUUAUCAUGGACUAUCCUGAAACACAAAAAUGAUGCUCGUCACCCUUUUGCUCCGUCUGACAUUGAGACUGUGACGGAAUGUCAGAGCAAGCUUCAUGUUGCACUGUGUGUUAUGCAUGAGUGUUUCGAGUCCAUUAAAGAACCAUAUAUGAAUAGAGAUCUGAUUGAAGAUGUUCUCUUCAGCAAACCGUCAGAUCUGAACCGAUUGGACUUUCAGGGAUUUUAUACUGUGCUCUUGGAGAGAGAGGACGAGGUCAUCUCUGUCGCGGCAGUCAGGAUACAUGACGAAAAGGUUGCAGAAAUACCACUUGUUUGUACACGUGCUCAAUAUCGUAAACAAGGGAUGUGCCGCAUUCUAAUUAAUGUUUUAGAAGAGAAGCUUAGAGAAUUAGAAGUGGAGAGGGUGGUUUUACCUGCUAUGCCUCAAGUGCUACGCACGUGGACGACAUCCUUCGGUUUCUCGGUGUUGUCAAUUUCUGAGAGAUUAGAGUUGCUGCGUUACACUUUCCUGGAAUUUCAGGACACUAGAAUGUGUCAGAAAGUUCUGUGUUCGUUGUCAGCUGCAAAACCUAUAAAUGAAGUUUCGAGAGAAGCACUUAGAGGAUCAAAUGCAAAUGUGCAACAAUUAGUUCGUAGAUCUACUUUUGUAGAUAGUCCUGCUGCAAAAGAAUUUGCACAACCACCACCACAGUGUGUAAAACCAAUAACAGAAGAACUAAGAGGGAACCGGCCUAAACUUAUAUUGAGGUUUAAACAAGAGAAAAAGAAUGUCAAUGUGAACAGGCACACCAUUACUCCUGCAGUCAUUCACGCAGAACGAGCUGAAUGGAGGCAUGUUCCAGAGCAACAACCAGAAGUUGCCGUGGAAAAUGUUUCCAACUUAGUUGUGACAGCUCGUUCACUCGAUGUGACGACAACUCUGCAAGACGGCAAGCCACGGGAUUGGCAAGUCGGUGAGCCAUGCAUUGCUAAGAAGUGGUUGUUGGAUGAUAAGCCACGGGAUUACCAAUGCUCACAGGAAGGAACACUACAAGUUGAUUCCGAACAAAAUCUGCAAAAUAGAGAAAACGGUUAUGUUGAGGAUUCUGCAGUGGCGGUUUACAAUGAAAACCAGCAUGAAAAAAAGGGGCUCGGUGUCAAGUUCUAUACACGAAGAAAGCUAUUAGGUCUCAUGUAGAUAUAGUGCCUGGUUCAGAAGAACCAAUGACGCAGAUAGGUCCUUCUCAUUCUUGUCAAUAUAAUAAGAACUAGUGGAGCAAAAAGAAUCAAAAGAGAAUUGAGGCUUCAUCCAGUGCUUUAGUUAUCGAACCUUUAAGAGCAUCAAAUGCAGAUGUUGGUACAUCUGCUUCAUCUGCAGAUACUCCUGCUUCAGAAGAAUCAGAAAAAAAAAAAGCACCACAUAUGGGUCGUCACCCUUGUUUUUAAAAUGUGUCUGGAGGAAGGUACAUCUGCUCCUCCUAUGGAUACUCCUGCUCCAGAACAAUUACAAAAACCAACAACCCCCUAUUUGUUGCCCAGAUGAUAUUGAGUAAGGUAUUUUUUUCAGAACUGGUACUCACAAUUUUACCCCUCAGUUGGAGAAAGAUUCCGUGUUUUGGGCUUUACUUUUUGCCUCCUUGAAGAUGACGCCUUCGUUAUGAUAAAAUGUGGAUCGUCUUGGCGAAGGAAGAAAAAGAAUCAUUUCCGUGUUAUGCGAAGAUACAUUUUGUUGAAUGAUUGAAUCAAAAUUGAAAUUUGGAAGUUAUAAAUAUCAAUUCUUGUGUAACUAUGAUUCACAUAACUGAUAUUUUUGAAUUCCUACCAGGGGAUUUGUCCAAAUAUGAGAACGCAGUUGAAUCUCAAAUGUUGAAUCUGAAGAACUAGAAAAUUGAACUGAAGUGUUUUACACAGUUCGUGGAUGAAUUGUUUAGACGAGGUUCUGAUGGUAGUGGAGGGAUGGGAUGCUAGUAUUGGAUGUGGAUUGGAUGUGGAUGUGGAUGGUGAAGUGCUGAAGUUAUUGAAUGUGAAAUAGGUAACUUUGGUGAGCUGCUUUAGGAAGAGGCGACUGGAUUCACCUUGUGAACCAAGUAUGAAGGACGACACUUUGCUGUUUUGGAUUCUGAUACCCCCGGCAGAGAAAUCUGCUUCAGUCUCUGUUGCUGUGAAGAAUGUUUGUUUACUUCACUUUCGUCAGUUCGUGUAGCUGAAAUCUGGAAGCAGCAGCAGCAAACAUAUUCCAGCAAUAAACCACGUUACCCUGUAGCAUAAAAGAGUUCUGAAUCUUAUCCAAGAGAGAGACAGCCAACAAGAACGACAUCAGAUUCAGCCUCAUAUUCAACAAGUGUUCAAGUAACAGAGAUGAGACAUCAGAUUCAGCCUCAUAUUCAACAAGUGUUCAAUGCUGAUAUAUCUGAUUCGAUUUUCAUGGUUAGGGAUAAACUAAAUGCUAUUACAGAGUUUUUAGUAAAUAAGAGAUAAAUUCAUCGAGAUGUGGAUGAAUCAAUUACUUUAAUUGAGAUUUAGGGCUUGUUUUUGAUGAGGAAGACUAUUAUAUGGACAACUCGAGGACUUUUGAAAAGGACAAGAAACAAGAAAACAGUAUAUGUGUAAAACAAUAUAAAUUAUGUAUCUGUCAAAGAAUUAAGAAGACUGUUUAUAUGAGAUAUUAGUAGUAUUAAGCAGAAAGGGAGAUGAAGUGCUAUUAGAUUUUCACCACCAGGAUAAUGAU